AUGGCCAGACGCUGUGGCCUUUUGCUGGCAUCAACUUUAGUUUGCGAUGCCUUUCUGCAAGAACUCCUGCUAGCGAACGACGAGUGCGACCAGCACAGCGAAACCUGUGCGCAGAACGCGCUGCAGCGACGAGCGCUGGCUCACAGCCAGAGCGAAAAGCGACCAAAGUGCCAGGAUGUAAGCCAAGGCAGCAGCUGCCAUGAAGAAGCCCAAUGGGCCCAAAGCUCUGGGAUUCAUGAACAUCCGGAGUGGUAUCCUCAUCUCACAGUUGAUUCCAGCCUUCUGGACUUCCAGUGCCGUGUGUAUCAAUCCAACCCUGCAAAAUGCCCGAAGCCCUGCAGCACGCAAUGCGAAGAUCCACCGCCCAGCCACAGCCCGCCAGUUACACCGCAACAAUGCGUCGGGCACGAGGAUGCCAAGGCCUGCCUGUGCAUCUUUGACAUUGACCGGACACUGACGUCAAAGCAGGGCACGCAGGACACCUGCGGUGGCUCCAAGGCCUUCCCCGGCAUAGCGGACUCUGCCUACGGGGGCGGCGAGCUCGUGCUGUCGCAGCUGGCCGCUAAGGGGCUCGACGGCACCUUCUGCAGCAAAUGCUACGUGGGGAUUUGCUCACAUGGCGAUGGGACUGGGGAGUUCUCGAAGGAACGAACAGAGCUGCUGAAGAUCCUCAACACGGAAGCCAUGCAGAAGUUGGUUCUGAAGCCCCAGAAUGCUGCGUGGAGUGACAUGAAGCUUUUGUCGCCCUACGUGGUUUUCCAGCCAGACGCGAAAAAGCAAGAGGCAGUAGCUCAAAUCAUCGAAUGGUAUGCCUCACAGGAAGUUUGCAUUCAGCGGGAAAAUACGUACUUCUUCGACGACAAGGAUGUGAACAUCAACCCAUUUCGAGGUACGGGGAUCAACGCGCACCAAGUCUCGUGCAAUUCCCGCGACGCAAUUCUCAACUGGGGCGAGGUUGGCCUUUGCGGAGCAACACAGGAAGAAAUCAAGAUCGAGAAGGGUGUGAGCGUGUGCCAGGUCGACUGCCAGUGGACGGCCUGGGGCGCCUGGAACGCGUGUUCAGCCACGUGCGGCGGUGGCCAGAGGCUGGCAUGGCGUUCGCUUGGAGGGCAGGUGCCGUCAGCCUCAAACAGUAGCAGUUGCACACGAGCAAUGGACUCGGACUUUUUGCCAUUGCUUCCGUGA